UGAACAAAUAGGCAGAUAUUUGUCAACAAACCGCCUGAAUACAAAUUAUUUUAAAAAUCGGAUUGGCAGCAUGUUAUAAUGGCGGAACAAAAUGGCGCUGGCCUUUAAGACCUUCCAAUAUGGCGCACGUGAGGGAUAGUGACACAUCUCUCUGGCUCCAUAACAAACUUGGAACAAGUAAUGACCUCUGGUCGGGUGGUUCUAUAUGUUCUCAAUUAAAUCAAGACGUUUUGAGAAACAUUAGAGAAUGUUUUAUAGAGCUACAGUCUCAAGUUAAGUUAAAAUUACUGUUGUCAUUUCUUCACAUUCCAAGGCGGAACGUCGAAGAGUGGAAAGUUGAACUUGAAGAAAUCCUUGAAGUAGCACUUGUUGAUAGUGAUCAAUGGGUUUCAAUGCUGGCCGAGCUUCUGAAGUCUUACCCCAGUACUGGACUUUUAAAUUUCCAGAUUGAAGAAAAUGCAUCUGUAUUUACUGAUGUUGUGAACGAUCUGAAAAAAUUAGUGAGAAAACAUAGUGAUCAGGCAAUGUUGCCUUUGGAAUGCUUGUACCUGAAUCGUACUGCAUUAACUUCAGUUGUUGGUCAGCUUCCUCAACCAACGAAGCAUUUUGCACUGAAACAGAAACCAAAGUCUGCAACCCUUCGAGCAGAAUUAGUGCAAAAGUCUAAUGAUGCUUCCUCAAAUGCAAAGAAAAACUCCACUACACCUUCUGUCCCUAUAAGAUGUCGAGGCCUUAUUAAACCAAUGAAUGAUGCAACUCCUUUAAGAGGUAUUCCAAGUAGAGUUACACCAAGUGGUUUUAAGUCUCGUUCCAGUCCUUUAGGAAGGCUAAAUUCCACUACACCUAACAGAGUUCCAGCCAGAACACCAGCUGGUAGGAAAGAUGGUGGUAUUAAGCUUCUUGAAAUAGAUGAACAACCAAUGGGCUAUGGCAGAGAUGCGAAGCGAAGGAAGAAACUCCCAGAAGUUGAAGUUCCUGAAGUCCGUAAGGAAAAAGAUGGAGCAACUCCUCCAGUAUCUUCAUCACCAUCCACACCAGACUACGCAGCUGGUCUGCUGACUACGUCUCAGUUAUCUGGACCAAAUAUUGCUGUCAUUGCUCCAACUGCUACGACCCCAAGCUAUGCACCACCUCAGCCUAGUAAUGCUCUUCCAUCACCAGUCAACGCAACACCGACUUUACCUGGUAAAGCUGUUGUAACUAAAAUAGUAUUUGUCAAAGCUCAAUCAGCGGCUACUACAACUUCAACUCCUACUGUUGUCAAGCCUAGAGAAAACUUAACUCAAGCUGUUCCUGCGGCUGAAGCACAAAAUCAAGUACAAACUCCUGUUCCCACUGUAAAUACUGUUCAGACUCAUCAAGAGCCAUCAAAACCCCAAAUCAUCCAUGCUGCUACAAUUGGAAAUCUAACUACUUUAGGUGGAUCAUCCUUACAGUUGCAGCAUAUGCCUGUUCAAUCACAGCAACAAUUACCUACUCAAAUCUUGCAGCCUCCUCCAAGUAUACAGCCCCAGCAGCAAGUGCAAAUGCAUACCAUAGUUCAACCUACCCAACCAACAAAAAAAGCAAACCUUUCAUUGACAAAAGAGCAGAUGCAAGAAGCUCAAGAUAUGUUUAACAAAUCCAAUAAAGUUACAAGACCUGAGAAAGCCCUUAUACUGGGAUUUAUCGCAGGGUCUCGAGAUAACCCAUGUCCACAUCUGGGCCAAAUUGUUACUAUAAUGCUGAGUGAAAAUGAAGAGAAAGUUCAGCAAAGUGAUGGAACAGUGCAAACUAUGAUGGUAGAAACUCAUUUUCAAAUGAAUUACAGCACUGGAGAGUGGAAGCGAGUUAAAAAAUAUAGAAAUAUUGAACGAUAAUGUCUUCCAUAUUAGUACUGUGGUUAUUAGGAGAUCAAACCAGUGCUGGAUCACUAAAUAUAUGUAGCGAAAUUAUUUAAGGGGUUUGUCUGCAGUUAGUAAGCUGCUUCUUUGUUUUGUACAUACCUAGGUAAUUUUUAUGGUUACAUUUCUACGGUUGUGAAAAUGUAAAAAUGAAGCAUCUGUUACCAUUAAUUUUGAGUUAUGUUGAAAACAUUGCUUUGUCUGUGUACUCGUAAUGAAAUUAAAUUUUUAAUUUUUGUACGUGUACCUAUUGCACUAACUCCAUUGCUUCUGUGAUUUUUUUUUUUUU